AUGACAUCACCGACAGAGAAAGCCGGCUCAGGUCAGGGUACACCACCGCAGAGCGUGCUGGAUGGCUUCGCGACUGCCACGGAUGCUCGUCUCUUAAUCCAAGAGAACAUCUACGUCUGUCUCGGCAACGGCAAGUUUCAGCAGAUGGUGCUAAUGUGCUCCCUGCUCUGCUUCACAGUGUUGGUCUUGCACGCGUUCGCCUACCGGCUCAUCGGUCGCCCCGUAGACCACUGGUGUCAUCCGCCCGAGGAACUUGUAGACAUGCCCCUCCAGGAGUGGAAGAACGUGGCAAUACCUAUUUUGCCGGACGGCCAAUUCAGCCAAUGCACCGUAUACGAACCUCCAGUGCCGGGUGAAGACAAAAACGAGCACCGCCAAGUGGUGUCCUGUCGUUGGUGGGACUAUGAAAGACAAGGAGACAGCAUCGUCAGCGCAUGGAACCUGGUGUGCGGCCGUCGCUGGCUGUACACACUCUCGACAUCCGCGUACAUGGUAGGCGCCAUGGUGAUCGUGCCUUUGGCCGGCAUCGUGGCCGACCGCCACGGUCGUAGGCCGACUAUCCUGCUCUGCUCCUUCACCAUGCUUUUGGCCAGCAUGGCUGCCGCCUUGUCGCAGGUCUUCACCAUGUUCCUGCUGGCACGCUGUCUCGUCGCCGGAACCUCGAGCGCCACCGGCAUUCUGGUCUUCAUCGUGCUCUACGAGGUUACGGGAAAUGAGCACCGCACACUUUACAGCAUCCUGGCUACGACCAUAAGUGCGGCGUCGGCACCUCCACUGCUGUCUAUCGUGGCGCUGGCUGAUCCGCAUUGGUGGCUGUCGCACGCGUUUCUCGUGACCACAACGGCUUUGGUGGCCACUUGCUGCUACUACGCGAUCGAGGAGUCCCCGGUCUGGCUCAUCGAUAUACGCCGAGUUCGGCUUGCCGAGCGCGUCCUACUGCGCGCAGCCGCGCAAAACGGAAUAGAUCUGGCGAAAGCCAAGGCCACCUUCAAGCUGUUGAAGACGCAGCUGGAAAAGCGAGACUCGGCUACACCGACAAUCAGCACCGGCACGGGCACCAACAAAUCAACCUUCAGCCGACAAGCAGUAUCCGUCCUCAUUUCCUGGUUCGGCGUGAAUUUCGCGUUCUACGCAACUGGCCUCCGCAAAAAGACGAUUAGUAGCGAGUGGGCCAUGACUGCGUUCGUGCUUCAAAUUCUGCUGGUCAUUGUUAUCUACAACGUCAUCAUGAAGUGGGGCCAACGGAACGCGUUGUCCAUGCUACUGGCCUUGCUCUGCUUGGCUAGCGCCCUGCGCGCCUUCAUUCGCACUCUGAACAUACCCUUUCCCGCGGCAGCUAUUGCGAGGCUUAUUGUGGACAACAGUGCCUCUGUCGCGAUAGCCAUCAACUAUUGCUACACCACGGAAGUGUUCCCCACUGGGACACGCAGCAUGGGGUUGUGCGUGUCAUAUGCGGUCGGACGAGCUGGCGCACUGUUGGCCACUCUUCUGGACUCUCUGAUGGCCGACAAUCUUGUUGUAGUGGACCUCGUUAUGACGCUACUUGUGUUCGCCAGCGCAACGGCCAUUCAGUGGCUGCCGGCAAUAUUUAUACGUAAGAAGAAGACGGAUCGAACCCCGCAGCUGACCCCUGAUACCGAGCAGCAGCGAAAGGAGGCUCUGAAGGCAUCUUUAAACCAGGGACGCGAGCCCAUGGGCGCGUCAUUCAAAACUCGCAAGUCGCGUCGAAGGACCACACAGUCGUCUGGACCAACAGAUGUGAGUCCUCCGUCUAAGACUUUGUCUCCGGCAUCAGCGCCCAGCCCGACUACUGAAACUGUCGCUUCACCCCGCAGUCAAAAGCACUCGAAACGCAGCAAGAGUGGCGUAAGCAGUGAAGUUGCUUCGCCACCUUCACAAAGUCCUAUUUCCCAAUGA